CUGGUACUCGCUAUUCUAGUCGUCUCUCAAAUCUUCAUGAAGUUCAACACCAGAAUACAACUAGAGUCAUAACGGCAUUUGCCCAGGCCCACCCGCUCGCCAAUCCUCCACAUCUUCCACCCCAAUUGUCGUAAUCCAUCUAAAUAUCCUCAACCCUCCCAAGAAUGGCACCCCUAAACAUCAACCCCCCACUACUAAACUCCGCCAACCCAUGGUGCACCAGCCUCGAACAGCUUCAGGAGCUAUACUCGCAUCCCCAAACCGGCGCCGUCACCACCCGAACCUCACUCUUGGAAGGCUUCCCCCACGACCCCAGCAUCCACCAAUUUACCUUCUACAACCCCACCACGCACUCCACCUCCCCACCAAACGCAGACCAAGCAGGCCAAGCAGACGAAACAGGAAGUCUGAACACGCUGGGCUACAGUCCCCUCCCCCUCGCCAAAUAUCUCAGCUUCGUCCAGACGAUCAGCGAUGCCCUCCCCGCAGCGACAAGUAACAAGCCCUUCAUAAUCUCCGUAACCGGCUCAGCAGACGACGUCGUAGCCUGCUACCGCCAGAUCGCACAUCAUCAACGGGCCGUGAAAAUGCCGCUAGCCAUGGAAGUCAACCUCUCCUGCCCGAACAUCAAAAGCAAACCACCGCCCGCGUACUCCAGCGCAGCGCAGCUCACAUACCUCACGGCCCUCAAGACAGAUAUACUCAAACAAGCGGAUGCGGAAAGGAUUCCAGUUGGCAUCAAAACCCCCCCGUUUACGUACCACGAUCAGUUCCAGGCCCUGAUCACCGCGUUGCUGGACAGUGCUAGGGACGGACCCUGUCCGAUUGGUUUCAUCACCGCGACGAAUACGCUCGGCUCGUCGUUACUCCUCGGUCCGCAGGGUGCUACGUCUACUUCCGUGGAUUCGUUGCAGCGUGUGCUGGAGAGUGCUGCGGGGACGGGGAUAGGGGGGCUGGCGGGAGCGCCAUUACACCCCCUGGCGUUGGGGAAUGUGUACUCGAUUAGGCAGUUGCUGGACCAACACGAGGAGUUGAAAAGUAUACAGAUUAUCGGUGUAGGAGGCGUGGAGGAGAAAGAAGGGUAUCGUAGGAUGAGGGCUGUUGGAGCGGCGGCUGUGGGCGUGGGCACGGCGUUGGGGAGGAAGGGCGUCAAGGUGUUUGAGGAGAUAGGGAAAGCGGCGGAGAAGGAGGAGUAGUAAUAGAGAAGUGGGACAAAGAUGAGGGAACGAGGAUAUACCCCUUGGAUUAUAAAGUAUGCUGUGGUAUCACAUACUACUACACGUGUAAUUCUCAAAUAUCAUCUGUCUGCUAAAGGAUUAAAGUACACUGUGAUUAGCCGGCUACAUGGUUGGCAAGACCAUGUAGC